AUGCGGCCCUCAAGCCUCCUGGGCGCUCGGUCACCGCGCCAAACGGGGCGCGGGCAGAGUCGCCACCGCCUAUCGCCGGACCGCCUCUGAACAGGAAGCCGUGUGCCGACCGCGGAAGCCCGCCUCCAUGUAGCGAUGAGCUCGCCGGCCACAGUGACGGGAGAGAGGGGCGGGGAAGCGGGGCGGCAGCCGCAGAAGAGAAGCUGCGCCUCCGCGACUGCUCAGAAGCCGUUCCGCCAGGCAGCCGCCGCAACGUCCAUGUUGACGGCCCAAAGCGGAAGUCGUUUGGCAGAGCGGAAGGGGAACCCGUAGGGGGCCUUCC